UUGUUCAGAGUAGUAGACUUUGCAUGAAUUAUAACAAGCAAGUAAAUUAUUAUAAAUCAAUGUUUCAUAUUUAGCAUUCCACUUUUUCGAGCUGCUUUUCGGUGACUCGCUGCAAAGCCAUUUCAUAAUACAAGCGUGUGCGUGCGAGUUUUGCAUUUUUACUAGUAAGAAAUCAAAAUGGUUCUUUCUGAUGGUGCUAAGGAACGUCUAGGCGUUGUUGUGGAUGUCAUUCAGACCACAUUCCACUGGGGAUUUGUGCCAAUGGUCCUUUAUUUGGGAUUCUCGAAAGGUGCAGAGCCUGGCAUGCCGCCACUGUCGCUUUUAAGUCUCUUGUGGCAAUAAAUAUUUCAUAAUGGAAAAAGCAACGGCAGCGUCCUCAUCGUUAAAUUAACAAAAUGUUCUUGUUGACUGCUUGGCAUUUUCACAUACCUAGUACCUGUAAGAACAGCUGGCGGAAAUAAAUUUCUGUUAUAACAAUUUAAAAAAA